AUGCCAUGCACUCCCAGUGGCGAGGAAGCGGCCGCGACGCCUCGCGGUGGAGUGGGGGUGGAUAGACAGACUUCGCUACGCGAAGAGGACAGCAGCGAAACUCGAAAAAGAAGCGCAAACGGAGCUCGAGUUGACGCAGAGUGGGAUGCUGGCAUUGCGGAGAUGCCUGAGUCUUUCCAGGUUCCACGAUGGAACGUGAUGCUGCAAGACGCGCUGGAGGCCUGCUUCAACAAAGGCGUCCCCCUCCCGACUCGCAGCGCCUCCACGUGCAAAGAGCUGCAGACGAUCACGGAUGAGAGCUUCGUCCACAAACAGUUCAUUCGCGACUCCGAUGGCAUUCUUUACAAACUCGAAUCCACUGCGCCCUUCCCGGCGUCUCCGACGUCGUGCAGCUCACCGAGUUUCUCUUCGCCAGCCUCCUCGCCGAGUGCGCGCCUGUCGCCGGGCCUCGCCCCGGCCGUCUCCGCUUCGCCGUCAAGUUCUGCGGCUUCGCGUGCCUCCGCCGCGCCCUCGUGCGUGUGCGGCGUCUGUCGCGAAGCCGCAGAUUCGCUGGCGAAGGAGGGAAGCGUCGGCGAAAAAAAAAGGCGGUGUCUCGAUGGCGGGUGGUGCGACGCCGGCGAGGAACCUCCCGUGUACGUACAGCCCUCGCAGCUGCUGCUCUACGUCGCCUAUCCGCACUUCCAAGGCGUCUGGUCUUCUGGUGCCUCUGAGGUUUUGCUUCACUUUCUGUCCGGCAAGGAGCUCGCGAACUGCAAGGUGAUGGCGCUUGACCGCGCAGCCUGUCGCUACGAUCUUCUCAUCGAAAUUUCCAAUCUCCCCCAGUCUCCCGAACUCCGUAGCGAAUUAGCCCUGCAGCUCUCGCGUCUGCGGCUGCGACUGCAGUGCGGGCCUCUGCAGCGAUUUUUCCGCUCGCACAUGCGCCAGCGCGCUGAGGGCGACAGCCGGCAGCCGCGCAAGCGGAAACCCGACACAGUCAAGAGAGUCGUUCUGCGGGACGGUGAAGCCGUUUACCUCUACUCCACAGUCGAGCCAAAGACUGCCGCCAAGGCGCCCCAGCGCCCGCACGCCGAGGGCGAGGGCGGCGCGGAAGAAAACGGCGAGGCCGCGGAGGCGCCGACGGGCGGCUCAGAAGCCACGAGGAAACUUCUACACGUGGUUUUCUGUUGGGCGACUGAGCGCCUGAGCGCCUGCGAUGCAGUCGUCGCCCGCUGGUGUGUGGAGGACGUCGCGCAGGUCAUUCGGCACGCCCUCGAGCUGCCUGACACCCCCUGCGGCGCCGACGCGCCUCUGUCAGCGGCCUUCUCUUCGCAGCUUCCUCCUCGCGUCCUUGAGUUUGAAGCUGCUGCAGGUACGAAGUCCGCGCCUUCUGAUCCGCCCUCGGCCGCGUCCCCACCACUUUGUUUGUCGCUGAGCGUCGAGUGCGACGCGGCGUUCGCGCCUUCGCUGCCUUCAAUGACGCGAUGUAUUCGCGCGUUGGCGCUCUCUGAAAUCCCUCUGCGUUCGUGGUUCUAG